AUGAUCACAAUAAUGAAUGAAAAUUCAUUUGUCGAUGUAUAUUCUGCGCCAAGGCAGAGUUCUUUAUACGACAAUCGAAAAAGGAGCAAAGAAUCGAGAACUUAUACAGAAAAUGGAAGAAUUAUGAUAAAUGGCGAGCCAAAAUCACCAAUUGGUGAAGUAGAUGAUAUGUGGAAAAAUGUGAUUGUGACAGCAAAUGCGAAAAGAAUGGUGAAAAAAUAUGAGAAAACUGAAAAGAAAGGAGCACUUGCCACGUUUCGAAGGAUUUCGGCAAAAUUGAAACUUGUGAAAUCGGUUAAUAAAUCAUCAUCUUCAAGUUCUUCUACUCUAAAAAAUAGAGUAGAUCAGAAGAAAAAUAUAGAUGAGAAUGAGCAGAAAAAAGUGGCGAAUUCGAGAUCUGAACCUUGUUUAAAUUGUGAAUUUGUGCAGAUGGCUUCGAAUUUUGUGACAAAUAUUCGAAUUGAUUCGAAUGAUGAUGAUGAAAUUGUUGAGGUGGGUGAUUUUUCGGAGGCUUGGUAAUUGUAUCAUGAUUUAGAUAUGUCCCUAGGCAUUCCAAGUUUAGAGUUUCCAGAAUAUUUUAUAUUUAAACUCGAACUUUUUGUUUAGAAAAUGAAAUUCUGGAGAAUAAUCUGAAAAUUAAAGAUAAUUUUAUGACACGUGGACUUUUUAAAAAUAAAUAUUUCUUACUUGUAAAGUUCUGAAAAUAAUGCGACGUUUAUUUUUUGUGAUUUAUUUCAAAUUUUCUCAUUUGAAGUUUUAUAUAAUUUUAUAAAAAAAUCAGUAAACCGUUUUCAAAAUUCAACGUGGAUUUUUCCUUCAGAAUUUCAUUCCAAAACGUCAGAGCAUGACGUAGAUAGAAAAUCAGGUUUGUUAUCUGAUGUCAAAAAAUGAACUUUUGUUGAACUAUCUUAUUCACAAAGUAAGUUCGGAUUACUUUCAGACGAAUCCCAAUAAAAUGGAUCGACCAAGUUUUUUGAAUCUACGAGAUGAUGGAAUAAUUGCAAAGUUGUUGGAAGAAUCAUAUCACGAAAAAAAGAUGAAAAAUCAUCGAGAAACCGAUAGUGGAAAAGGAAGUAUGGAUCAAGUUUACGAUGAAAAGUUCUAA